CCCUCUUCGGCCUCGUCCUUGCCUGCCUAUCUACUCAAAAUGGCGACUGCCUUUGGAGGUAAGAUUCCGCACAAGCAAGAAAUGCCACCGCGAGGUGGUUACCCUGGCAUUGAAUUUGCCAGGAACCUGCCAAAAAGAGGAGUUUCUGGCCUUGCAAUGUUUGUUGGUUGUGGUUUGGUGAUGUCUUAUGGCUUCUAUCGAGUUAUCAUGACAAAUCGAAAACUAAGGCAGUUGGAAAUAGAAAGAUUGGAAGGACGAAUAGCCCUGCUUCCCCUUCUGCAAGCAGAACAAGAUAGAUCAAUUUUGAAACAAUUAAAAGAGAAUUAUGAAGAAGAGGCACUCAUCAUGAAAGAUGUAUCAGGUUGGAAAGUUGGAGAGAGUGUAUACCAUACAAAUAGAUGGGUGCCACCAACAACAGCUGAGUUGAAAAAGCCUUAGGACUGUUCAAAUUUUAUUUUGGUUGUUUGUCUUGUGUUGUUUGUUGAUAUGUAUGCAUCAAAGGUUGAUUCUUUUGCUUUGUAUGAGUUA